AUGCGACUGAACCCCAGCCUCCUGGCUCUGAGGAUGCAGCCCCAGAGCUCUGGAUAUGUGCCAGCUGGUGGUGGGCACCGGGGCACCAACGAGAACAGGCUGCACCCUGAUAAGGCCAGCCAGGCACGCCCAGCCUCCGCGCUGAGGCUGCCUCAGGCCAUGGAGGGCCCAGCUGUGGUGACCACCUCACAUGUCCCAGGCCCUCAGGGGCUAUCCUCUCCAGGGAGGAGGCCCAUGGAGCCCUCAGACAGCAGCAGUGAGACUCAAGGGGUCCGGAGUGUGACCGAGGGCACAUGCCCGUCCGUGGGCAGGAAGCACAUGGGACCCGAGAAGGCAGACGCCGCUGCCAGAGCCGACCUGACCCUGACAGUGCUGGCCGUGCGCAGGAGGAGCGGGCGGCCGGAGCCCGGGCUGCAGCAGGCCCUGCGGGCACGGCUCCGGCUGCUGGAGAAUGACAGCCGGGAGGCGGCCCGUGUGCUCGGGGAGCUGUCGGCCAGGCUGCUGUCCAUCCACAGUGACCGGGACCAGAUCGUCGUCACGUUCAAGACGUUCGAAGAGAUCUGGAGGUUCUCCACCUACCACGCCCUCGGCUUCGUACCCCACUGCCUGGAGAACCUGCUAGUGGACCAGACCUUCUGGCUACGGGCGCCCGAGGAUGAGGAGGAGGGAGCCCUGGAGGUCUGCAUGGAGGAGGAAGCCCUGCGGCUGAUGCAUGAGAGCUUGCUCACGCAGGAAGGGCCCUACUUUGUCCUGUGUCCUGACCACCGUGUGAGAGCAGCAACAGGCCCCCAGGGUGCAAGGAGGGGCCCCCAGAGAGAGGCGGCCUCAGAAGUGGACUCUCGGACCCCCAGCCCCAGCGUGUCCUCCGAGGAGGAGGCGGCAGCCCCGGAACCCUUAGCUCCGUUUCAUCAGUGGGCUCUGAGGGUCCCCUGGGACCCCGUGGAAGACUCUGGGGACAAGCCUGCAGUGCCCGGCCUCCCAAUGACAGGACCUCUCACACCUGUCUCCCUCCCCCAGGACCUCUCACACCUGUCUCCCUGGAAGCAGACAGUGCUGCUGGGCUGGGACAUCAACAGCUUCAGACAAACGUUUCCCAAACACUCCAUUUUGUCCAGAUUGGAAAAUGUGAUCUUUCUUGAUGAAGAGGAGCGUUCCUUCUUCAGCACUGAAGGGUGCCUCUCAGAGGAGGAUGCCAGGCAGUUACUGAGGAGGAUGUCGGAGCCAGGCGUCUGCACCGCGUACAGCUUGGACAGGCUCCAAGAUGCUGAGUUUGAGCCACCAGAAGGGCACAAAAUGCCCCUGCCUCAUCUGAACCCUGAGCCAAGAGAGACCCUGGAGACGGUGAAGAAUGUUCUGGAACAGUGCAAGACCCAGGCCUGCCCCGAGGAGCCAGCAUGCCGCGGUUUGCACCCCGUGGCCAGUGGGCUGGACUCGCCGGACACCGAGGAGGCCAGCUUCGGCUUGGAUGCAGAGGCUGACUGGACGGACAUGGAGGCCCUCUGCUCACUGCUGCAGCUUCUGAACGCCGCUGGACACGAGCCCCGCCUCCGAGGCCUGUACGGCCUCUCCCUGCCGCGGCUGGGCAGCACGCUCUGUGGCCUCGGGGAUGAGGAGGCGCUGGCUGGACGCCUGGCACAGGCUCGGGAGCUGGCCAAGAGGGCCGGCCUGCCCAUGGCCCUGGCCAGGCUCUGCUUCCUCCUGGGCCGGCUGUGCCUCGGGAGGCUGAAGCUCUCCCAGGCCCGUGUGUACCUGGAGGAAGCCUUGGGCGCCCUGGGCGGCUGCUUCAGUGACCUCUCCCUUGUGGUGGCCGUGUACACACAGCUGGCUGCCAUCUACCUGAAGCAGAGGAACCGGGAGAAGUGUGCGCUGACCGUAGACAAGGCGGUGGCCCUGCUCCUGGCGACGCCCGGCUCCGUGGGCAGCACCGAGGCCGAGCUGCUGUGCCUGGCCCUGCGACAAGCCGUGCGGGCCCAGAGCGUGGGCGCCGAGGCCCGGGCCUGCUUCCUACUGGCCCAGCACCACAUGCGCCUCAAGCAGCCCGAGGGAGCCCUGCCCUUCCUGGAGAGGCUGCUGGUCCUUCAGAGCUGCCUGGGGCUCCCAGACGCCACCUGGCCGGCCGACGUCUACCUGCUGCUGGCCGACAUCUAUGGCCGCAAGUGCCUGCCCCACUUGGCCCUGAGCUGCGUCCGCGUGGCCUCGCUGCGGGCCCGGGGCUCCCUGGACAGCGCGCUGCGGAGCGUGGACCUGGUCCUGCGCCACGCCCCCCAGCUCUAUGGCCCGAGGCAGGUGGCCCCCGGCCUCCCUGCCCAGCUCGUCCCCUACCUGUGGCAGGCACUGGCCUCCCCAGCAGCAGGGACAGAGCGGACUCUGCGUGCCACGUUAUACGCCAGCCUGGCCCACGUGCACAGCCACCACGGCCAGUACAGUCAAGCCAUCGCUCUCAUGAUGCGUGCUGUGGACACCAGGCCCACGGGCAGUGCCCACCCUGUUGUGGACCACCUGGUGGCGCUAGCCUGGCUCCAUGUGCUUCGUGGGCAAAGUGCCCCAGCCCUGGGCAUCCUCGAAGCCAUUGAGGAUGCGGGAGUGGCCAGCGAGGACCAGCAGGGUGUGAUUGCCAAUAUGGCGGCCAUGGCACUGAGGAGGACAGGCAGGACUCGGCGGGCAGCUGAGGGCUACUACUGCGCCCUGCGCAUUGCCCGGCGGCGGGGCUGCGGGCGUGACCAGGCGGUGGUGCUGGCCAACUUUGGGGCUCUGUGCCUGCAGGCAGGUGCAGGGCGGCUGGCGGAGCACUACCUGGUGGAGUCAGCGAAGCUCUUCUCGCGGCUGCCCAGUGGGGAAUGUGGCUGUGACUUCACGCAGGUGCUGUUGUGGCUGGGCCACCUGUACACUGGCAGGGCCCUGGCCCAGCAGGGCCGGUGCUGCUAUGAGUGGGCCUUCCUGGUCGCCGUGGAGACUGGCCACUUUGAGAGUCAGCUGCGAGCCGUCCGGAGCUUGUGUCACUUCUACAGCUGCGUGCUGCCCAGCGAGGCCCAGUGUGUCGUCUACCAUGAGUUUCAGCUCUCCCUGGCCCGCAGGAUGGCCGACAAGGCGCUGGAGGGGAAGCUGCUGGAGACCAUCAGCCAGCUGUACCUGUCGCUGGGCACUGAGCGAGCCUACAGGUCUGCCCUGGACUACACCAAGCAGAGCCUGGGUAUCUUCAUCGACCUGCAGGAGAAGGAGAAAGAGGCCUACGCCUGGCUGCAGGCUGGCAAGAUCUACUACAUCCUGCGGCAGCACGAGCUGGUGGACGUGUACAUCCAGGUGGCCCAGAAUGCAGCCCUGUACACAGGGGACCCCCACCUGGGCUUGGAGCUAUUCGAGGCGGCUGGAGACAUCUUCUUCAAUGGGAACCAGGAGCGGGAGAAGGCUGUAUCCUUCUAUCGGGACCAGGCACUGCCCCUGGCGGUGGCCACGGGGAACCAGGAGGCUGAGCUUCGUCUGUGCAACAAGCUGGUGGCACUGCUGGCCACACUCAAGUCUCCCCAGGAGGGCCUGGAGUUUGCCCACACAGCUCUGGGCCUCAGCAUCACCCUGGGGGACCGGCUGAACGAGCGUGUAGCCUACCACCGGCUGGCGGCCCUGCACCACCAGCUGGGCCACGGGGAGCUGGCCGAGCACUUCUACCUGAAGGCCCUGUCACUGUGCAGCUCGCCGCUGGAGUUCGACGAGGAGCCGCUGUACUACGCCAAGGUGUACCUGGUGCUGGGUGACAUCAUCUUCUAUGACCUCAAGUAUGGGAACUCCGGGGGACCACUGGUGAAUCUGGACGGUGAGGUCAUUGGCAUCAACACACUCAAGGUGGCGGCCGGCAUCUCCUUCGCCAUCCCCUCAGACCGCAUCGCCCGCUUCCUGACUGAGUUCCAGGACAAGAAUAUCAAAGGUAAAGCACUCAGCUGGGGGAACCUGCCCCAGGACGGAGGCUCCCGUGUGACUUCCCUGCUGGGGGCCAGGAUGGAGGAGCACAUCUGA